CUGGCAGUGAACCAUAGGGAUCACGGGCGAACACACCGCAUUAUAACCUAGGUUUCCCAGGAGGGCAGAGUACAACAGUAUCCUGGAGUGACCAUCUUCACCAUUUCAAAGUUUUGCUUUAAUGUUUUGUGUUGGAAAAUGAUAAAGAGCUACGUAUUAAGACAUAUGACGUAGCUGUUGCCCUUUUACAGGUUCAUCUUUUUUUUGCAAGUGACCGUAAUCGUUAACAACGCAUUAUGUCAGAGGUAACGAUAACAGACGAUGCCUCCUCAGACAGCAAGAGGCGGACCUCGAGAGAAGUCGUCUCCAAACUGACGGCUCCCAAUGCAAGUCGUCGGAAGUCCUCGUUCUUUAAGCUGGCCCAGAGCUCGCAACAAGGAAUCCACAUAAGGCGUAUGACUAAGGCAUUAUUAGGACAAAACCUUGAAACACCGGACGAACAACAAGACUCCAAAUCAAAAGUUCGACUAGAAAAUACAUUCAAAAUGAAACCAGAUGAAAACUUCUUGCCGUUCAAAAUUCGGAAUGAGAUCUCGUUGGUGCUUCAAGAGCAUCUCGACAACGUGACCUAUGACCCGAUGGUGUGCGCUCGAUUAUGCUGUGAACUUUCGGUGGCUAUAAAGAACAAGGUGAAGAGUUUGAAUACCCCGCGACAUAAGGUUAUCUGUAACGUUUGUAUCAGCCAGCACACAGAACAUGGCAUUCAGUUCGCCAGUCGGUGUCUUUGGGACGCCAGUACUGACAGCCACGCAUGCGUAACGUAUAAAAACAAUUCCCUGGUAGCUGUUGGAUUGGUUCAUGGAAUAUUCUUUGAGUGACGUACACUGUAUUUCCAUGGAAGAAUAAGCAGCUAAACUUUGAUAUAUAUUUACUUUUCUGUGAUAUUGUACAGGACAUUAACAAUCCAUUAUCAGAAUCCGUAUCUUUAGCUUUGUUUAUUUGAUUGUUCUUUUUUUUUCAAUUAGUGAGGGAGAUUUGAGCAUUAUUUUAGUAAAUUCAAAGGCGUACGGCGUAAGUCCAUUGAAAUCAGUAUGAAAGUGCAUCGAUUCAUCAUUAUUUUCCAAUACCCUUGUAUACUCUCUUUAAACUUCGUUGAGCAAUCAUUUGUAAAUAACAUGUAUUUUAGACAAUUUGAGCUAUUUAUCAUCGAAAAGAGUAGGAAAUAUGACAGACGAAGCCGUUCCGUCAUCGGUAUACUAAUGUAUUUAUUAUACCGAAUUAUUGUUGAUUUGAGAUUUGAAUAAAAUAAUCAUUACCCGAAAUGCGUGGUCAA